CAAUUAUUAAUUGAAAAACAAUUGAUAGUUAUUAAAUUAUUAUUAAACAUACGUAAACAACAAGCACUAUUAACAAUUGAUGAUCUGAAUAGAUAUCUUGAAUCAUAUCCAAUACCAUGUCGAUUAGAUAUGGUCAAUGAAUUACCUGAUUCAAAAAUUAUUUCACAAUCUCUUGCUAAUAUAACUUCACCUGAAGCUCAAGCUAUAUUUCUUAUCGACAUGAUGAUUAAAUUAAUUAAAAAAGAAGAACAAUUUUUAAUUAAUAUACUUGAUCGUAAACAAUUAACUAAUAUACAAUUUGAAUUAGCACUUAAUCAAAAUAUGCGUCGACGUCAAGUUAUUCAAACAAAUAUAUUAAGUGAUCAAAUAAAAACUGUUAAAAUAGUAAAAGAAAAAGUUCAACGAAAAGUUGAUCAUGCUCUUUUAAAAAUAGAUGAAAAUAUACAAUCAUUUUCUAAACCAAUACAAAUAUCAUCUCGUUUAACAUAUAAUAGUCUUGUUAAACAACAUAAAUUUCUAAUAGAAACUAAUCAAGAAUUAUUAAUCAUCGAUAAAAAUAUAAACAAUGAAUUAUUACCAAAUUUACGUUCAUUACGUCAUAAUUAA